GGAUUAGCAAGCGCGCACACUCAUUUAGGGUUAGGAUGCAUAGAACGCUGAACGCAACAAGCAGCAUAGUGAGUGCAUUAGUUUUCAAACUCUAAAAAUGAGUAGCCGAUCUAAAAAAAUUGUAGAAUUGGCCCUUCAGACGGAGGAGCAUACAGAUGAUGAAAGCGAUUCGGAUCCUUUCAGUGCAGUUGAUUCCGAUUUGGAUCCUAUGUUUCUGCCAUCUAGUAAUGACGAACUAUCUGAUAGCUCUGACAUAUCUCUUACGGAAAUAAUAGGACAGAAAAAGAAAUUUACAAAAACGACAGGGGAAAGACCAGAACAAGUAUACAAUUUUGAGAAUCAACCGUGCUGUUCAAAAUCACUUCCAGUGGCCGAAUUUCAAGAAGCUGGGGUACAAAAUGAAGACGGGACACAUAAUCUCAAUGUUUCAUCGACUGAAACUGGAGACAAUCUUGAAAACGUGUUAGAUGAGGAAGAAGCUGCUGACCAGAAUGAACACACUUGGAGAGAGCCUGUGGGCAAUCACCAAGUGUUUGAUUAUUCUGCCGAAAGCGGUUUACACGCAGGUUAUGCUGCAGUUCUUAUCAACAAUUUAUCUCCAUACAGCUGCUUUCGUUAUUUUGUCGAUGAUGAAAUCAUAAAUGAAAUGGUAAAUCAGACCAAUCUAUAUGCAACCCAAGUUUUGUUCGAAGCUGAGGAUGUGAGUAGAGAAUCAAGGUUACAUCGUUGGGUUCCAACCGAUAAAGGCCGUCUCCUAUUCAAACAAUACAUUCCAAACAAGACGCAUAAAUAUGGCGUGAAAUUGUUCAAACUGUGUAGCGAUAAUGGAUACACAUGGAAUAUAAGAAUAUAUGCUGGCAAAGAAAAACAAGAGAGAGAUGCGUCUGUGGGAACAAAUAUUGUGCUUAAGUUGUCACAAGACUUACUUGAUACAGGUAGAACUAUUGUUGCCGAUAAUUACUACACCAGUCUCGAGCUAGCGAAUAUACUUCUUGACCAUAAGACACAUUAUAUUGGUACACUAAGAGCAAAUCGGCGAGGCAAUCCAAAAGAAGUUAUUCUGAAAAAACUAAAGAAAGGCGAAAUUUUUGGGCUAGAAAAUGGCAGAGGUGUGUGUGUGCUGAAGUGGAAGGACAAGAGAGAUGUCCUUCUAUCCACUAAGCAUACCACCGAAACCGUAGAUGUUCAACGACGUACUGGUAUUGUCAAAAAGCCACGAGCAGUGAUGGAAUACAAUGAAGCCAAGUCGUCGAUUGACCAAUCUGACCAGAUGGCAAGCUACCAUUCACCUGUAAGGAAGUCUCUAAAGUGGUAUCGAAAACUUGCCAUUGAGUUCCUCUUGGGCACAGCGCUUGUAAAUGCACACAUAGUUUAUAAUCUGCUAGCAAACAAAAAAUUGAAGAUUCCAGAAUUUAGAGAAGAAGUAAUUAGGUCUCUUUUUACGGAUCACGGCGAUGCAGGGGAACUUGAUGUACGUCAGGAAAAAAUAACCAAGAAGACAGCCAAAAUCCAUACAUUGUGCAGGAAAGAAGGUCAAUUUGACAAAGUGAGAAAGUACUGUAAAGGGUGUUAUGCCAAGAAAUUGCGAGGAGAAAUAACUAAAAACUGCGUGAAGAAAGUUGUAACUUUCUGUGGAGUGUGUGACGAUCAGCCACAUUUUUGUCUGAACUGUUUCAAUACCACUCAUGCAAAGUAA